AUGUCAAACAGACGAUUGCAAACCCUUGUUGAGGCCAGCAAAAGAGGCCUUACCUUACAUUUUGAUCCACCGGUGGUCAAAAACCGAUGCUUCUAUCGCUGUUUAGCGAAGUCCUUGGGAAUGUCAGAAGACCAUGUGGUGGAAAUGCUCGAAUCGUUCAUGAUUUCCAACCAAGUUAUUUCCUGUUUAAACAAGGUAUGAAUCUAUUCACACUAGCCUGAUUUAAGAAAUCGUACGCUAUCAGAAGAAGUAACUUGUACGCCACAAAAACAUGUCGACGUUAAGUUGCCUGUUUUAUACCUUCGUGAUUGAGGCUUUCGUGGAAAAAUAUUUGGAUUUCGUGUCACAGUGGCUUGUCCAAACGACAAGAGAAACUUGUUGAGAUUUUUAAAUGUAAGUUUUCUAAUUUUAGAAAGUUUUCCAGUGCUUUAUAGAAGCAACUAUAUGAUAUCAUGUAUUAAAAAAUCAAUUAGAAGCCAAAUUAUGCGGCAAACAAAAAAUGCAUUUUGCAUGCAACAAACACUGAGUUGACUUUGUGCUUCGUUUUGUGAAUUUAAAUGAGUUAUCUCUAAUACGCAAGUUAUAGACGGAAAAGUUAUGAAUAUCUUUGAAAAUGUCACAAUUCUCCAAAGAGAACGUUGCCUGCGCAGUGUUCAUAUUAUCUAUUAGUUUUUAUACGAUCCUGGGGGCGGGGCAUUUGCCAGCUUAUGUUCCCACCCUGGGGAAUUUGCCAACAAAAUGCUAAUGCCCCGGGGUUAGCCUGGGGGGAUGAGCACUGUUGGAAUUGACUGAUGCAUAUAAGUGAGUUUACCAGAAGGUUUGAAACUCGACCAUCACCCUCACCCUUUAAUAUUUAACAACUGAACCAAGGCAAAUAUACCCUGAAACAAAGUGAAGGAGAAUAUUUGCAUUGAUUCACUGUGCCCGUGGCGAAUAAUUGUUUUAGUAUAAUUUCAGAGGAGAUUAUCGACUACAAAAUAUUGAAAGAAACACAGAGAAAACACACGCUACAAGAGCUUGCUUGAAUGAAUGUACUCCAGUUCACUAUAGCCUAAUUGAUUGCAAAUCAACUUAACUACCAAUUGUGGCAGUAAAAUGAAGAGCAGUAUUAAAAAAAAAUGAUGCUUUUCGAAAAAAACAAUAAUUUCAUUCAGAAACUGUCCGCCCUGUUUACUCGCCUGCCUUGCGUGGCUAAGUGACCAAGGCUUGAAAUGCUAUAAUCACCUUGGGCCAGGGGGAAUAUAGUCACAUAUGCAUAAAUUCUCUACCAAUCAGAAUGCUUGAUUUCUUAUAAUCACCUCUGAAAUGACAGAAUCUCUUUUCUUACAAAUUGGAAUGUUUUUAUUCAUAGGAUGGUGAAGUUGAAGAAAAGGACUUGUUUCAGUACUUGUCUGACGCAGACUUCCCUAGGCUUGGGAAGAGGCCAUCAUCAUGGCUUCAGGCUGUGGAAGGUCUGCGUAAUGAAAUGACAACACAUAUUGCCAUUCUUUCUGCGGCAGCAUUAUUUGCAUUGGAGAUGCACAUUAUUGACUGGGAAGGGGUUAGUCAUUUUGUAUUCUGUUUAAAAUUGAAUAACUCUGGGUAUCCAGUUCCCUAUCUUCAUACUACAUUACCAGUAAUAGCUCUGUCCAUCUAAUUUUGACCUUUCGCUGUGAUUAUGUUCUUAGAGAACAGAAAUUGUGAGAAAUCCAUCUGGCCAAACAUAUGCCAAAAUCUUCUUCGCAUAUACUGGUGACCACUACAUGCUUCUGCGGCCCAGAAAUGAUGCUCCCCAAAUAUCUAAAGCAACUAGUAAGUGAACUUUUUAUAUUUCUUUAGAGAUCUUUUGUCUUGUUUUUUUUUUUUGGAUCAAACUUGUUGUUGCUAUCCUUGUGAUUUGAUAAUACAGUAAAAACCCGCAUAUAAGAACACUUAUUUUAGGAUUCAGGCGAAUCAUGUUCUUAUUUAGCGGAUGCUUAGUGAGAAAUCAGCCUGAAAUUGUUAAAAUUUGUUGUAUGGCUCUUACAGUUUGUAUGGUACAGCACACCAAAGUAUUAUAAUUGCUUUUAAAGGCCAUUUACACUAGAUGCAGUGAUUUUUUUUAACACCAGCAUAAACACAAUCCCUAUUUAUGCAGAAUAGUUCCAGACAAAAUUUUAUUAUACAGUGUAAUGCUUUGCAUUAGUGAUGUUCCUUGAUAUGCUUGACAGUUAUCACACCAUUAGCUGAUUAUGAAUAUCAUUGUCAGGUACUGAAAAGCAUCGUAAUGCACCUCAGUUUCACCAUGAUGGCCAGAAGAAUAUAAUCCUGGAGUGA